GUCCUGGUCUCUCCACAGGACCCUGCGUGGACAUGGGGGGGGCCCUGGGGCCGGCCCUGCUGCUGACCUCACUCCUUGGGGCCUGGGCUGGGCCGGGCCCGGGGCAGGGCGAGCAGGCGGUGACCGUGGCCGUGGUGUUUGGCAGCUCGGGGCCGCCGCAGGCCCAGGCCCGCACCCGGCUCACCCCCCAGAGCUUCCUGGACCUGCCGCUGGAGAUCCAGCCGCUCACCGUGGGGGUCAACAACACCAACCCCAGCAGCCUCCUCACCCAGAUCUGCGGGCUCCUGGGUGCGGCCCGCGUCCACGGCAUCGUGUUUGAGGACAACGUGGGCACCGAGGCUGUGGCCCAGAUCCUUGACUUCAUCUCUUCCCAGACGCACGCGCCCAUCCUCAGCAUCAGUGGGGGCUCUGCGGUGGUCCUCACCCCCAAGGACCCGGGCUCCGCCUUCCUGCAGCUGGGGGUGUCGCUGGAGCAGCAGCUGCAGGUGCUGUUCAAGGUGCUGGAGGAGUACGCCUGGAGCGCCUUCGCCGUCAUCACCAGCCUGCACCCCGGCCACGCGCUCUUCCUCGAGGGCGUGCGCGCCGUCGCCGACGCCAGCUACCUGGGCUGGCGGCUGCUGGACGUGCUCACGCUGGAGCUGGGCCCCGGCGGGCCCCGCGCGCGCACCCAGCGCCUGCUCCGCCAGGUCGACGCGCCGGUGCUGGUGGCCUACUGCUCGCGCGAGGAGGCCGAGGUGCUUUUCGCCGAGGCGGCGCAGGCCGGCCGUGGGCCCGGGCACGUGUGGCUGGUGCCCAACCUGGCGCUGGGCAGCACCGACGCGCCCCCCGCUGCCUUCCCCGUGGGCCUCAUCAGCGUUGUCACCGAGAGCUGGCGCCUCAGCCUGCGCCAGAAGGUCCGAGACGGCGUGGCCAUCCUGGCCCUGGGCGCCCACGGCUACCUGCGCCAGCACGGCACCUUACCCAGCCCGGCUGGGGACUGCCGCAGCCACCCUGGGCCCGUCACCCCUUCCCGGGAGGCCUUCUACAGACACCUACUGAACAUCACCUGGGAGGGCCGAGACUUCUCCUUCAGUCCCGGCGGGUACCUGGUCCAGCCCACCAUGGUGGUGAUCGCCCUCAACCGGCACCGCCUCUGGGAGAUGGUGGGGCGCUGGGACCACGGCGUGCUCCACAUGAAGUACCCGGUGUGGCCUCGCUACAGCGCCUCCCUGCAGCCCGUGGUGGACAGCCGGCACCUGACGGUGGCCACGCUUGAGGAGAGGCCCUUCGUCAUCGUGGAGAGCCCCGAUCCCGGCACGGGCGGCUGCGUGCCCAACACCGUGCCCUGCCGCAGGCAGAGCAACCACACCUUCAGUGGGGACGCAGCCCCCUACACCAAGCUUUGCUGUAAGGGCUUCUGCAUCGACAUCCUCAAGAAGCUGGCCAAGGUGGUCAAGUUCUCCUAUGACCUCUACCUGGUGACCAACGGCAAGCACGGGAAGCGGGUGCGAGGCGUGUGGAACGGCAUGAUCGGGGAGGUGUACUACCGGCGGGCGGACAUGGCCAUCGGCUCCCUCACCAUCAACGAGGAGCGCUCCGAGAUCGUGGACUUCUCUGUGCCCUUCGUGGAGACGGGCAUCAGCGUGAUGGUGGCGCGGAGCAACGGCACCGUCUCCCCCUCCGCUUUCCUGGAGCCCUACAGCCCGGCCGUGUGGGUGAUGAUGUUCGUCAUGUGCCUCACCGUGGUGGCCGUCACCGUCUUCAUGUUCGAGUAUUUCAGCCCCGUCAGUUACAACCAGAACCUGACGAGCGGCAAGAAGUCUGGGGGCCCAUCGUUCACCAUCGGCAAGUCUGUGUGGCUGCUCUGGGCGCUGGUCUUCAACAACUCCGUGCCCAUCGAGAACCCCCGGGGGACCACCAGCAAGAUCAUGGUGCUGGUGUGGGCCUUCUUCGCCGUCAUCUUCCUCGCCAGCUACACCGCCAACCUGGCCGCCUUCAUGAUCCAGGAGCAGUACAUCGACACCGUGUCCGGCCUCAGUGACAAGAAGUUUCAGCGACCUCAAGACCAGUACCCACCCUUCCGCUUCGGCACCGUGCCCAACGGCAGCACCGAGCGCAACAUCCGCAGCAACUACCGCGACAUGCACACCCACAUGGUCAAGUUCAACCAGCGCUCGGUGGAGGACGCGCUCACCAGCCUCAAGAUGGGGAAGCUGGACGCCUUCAUCUACGACGCCGCUGUCCUCAACUACAUGGCGGGCAAGGAUGAGGGCUGCAAGCUGGUCACCAUCGGCUCAGGCAAGGUCUUUGCCACCACCGGCUAUGGCAUCGCCAUGCAGAAGGACUCCCACUGGAAGCGGGCCAUCGACCUGGCCCUCCUGCAGUUCCUGGGGGACGGGGAGACACAGAAGCUGGAGACGGUGUGGCUCUCGGGGAUCUGCCAGAACGAGAAGAACGAGGUGAUGAGCAGCAAGCUGGAUAUCGACAACAUGGCGGGCGUCUUCUACAUGCUGCUCGUGGCCAUGGGGCUGGCCCUCCUCGUCUUCGCCUGGGAGCACCUGGUCUACUGGAAGCUGCGCCACUCGGUGCCCAACACGCCCCGCUUGGACAUGCUGCUGGCCUUCAGCAGGGGCAUCUACAGCUGCUUCGGCGGGGUGCAGAGCCUGGCGAGUCCCGAGAGGCCGCCCAGCCCCGACCUCACGGCCAGCUCCGCCCAGGCCAGCGUGCUCAAGAUGCUGCAGGCGGCGCGUGACAUGGUGACCACGGCGGGCGUGAGCAGCUCCCUGGACCGCGCCACGCGCACCAUCGAGAGCUGGGGCAGCGGCCGCCGCGCGCCCCCAGCGCCCACGUGCCCUGGCCCGCGGCCACCUACCCCCUGUCCGCCUCCCGACUUGAGCCCCGAGCGCUGGGGGCCGCUAAGCGGGGGCCGCGCGGUGCUGAGGCGCAAAGCCCCGCAGCUCCCGGGCCGCCCCCCGACGCCCGGGCCGCCCCUGCCCGACGUGCCCUGGGUGGCCGGCCGGCCGGGCGAGGCGCGGUGGUCGGCGCGGGCCGGGUGCUGCGGGCAGCACCCCUGGGCCUCAGAGCGGCGCGCGCUCCCGGAGCGCCCCCUAUCGCCCGAGCGGUGCCACUACAGCUCCUUUCCCCGAGCCGCCCGGUCGGGGCGCCCCUUCCUGCCGCUCUUCCCCGAGCCCCCCGAGCCCGACGACCUGCCGCUGCUCGGGCCAGAGCAGCUGGCCCGGCGGGAGGCCCUGCUGCGCGCGGCCUGGGCUCGGGGCUUGCGGCCGCGCCACGCCUCCCUCCCCAGCUCGGUGGCCGAAGCCCUCGCCGGGCCCUGCUCGCUGCCCGCCAGGUGUUCGCGCCCGGCCUGCGGGCGGCUGGCGCAGGCGCAGUCGAUGCAGCUGCCGUCCUGCCGGGAGGCCUGCCCGGACGCGUGGGCGGGACCCGCCUGGCCGCACAGACAGCACGCCUGCCUCCACGCGCACCUGCCGCUCUGCUGGGGCGCUGUCUGCCCUCCCCCCCCACCCUGUGCCAGCCAUGGCCCCUGGCUCCCUGGGGCCUGGGGACCGCCAGGGCACAGGGCCAGGACCCUGGGGCUGAGCCCAGGCUACAGGGACAGUGGGGGACUGGACGACGUCAGCCAGGGGGCCUGUGGGGUGCACGGCUACUCUGGGCCGUGCACCUGGAGGCGCAUCUCCAGCUUGGAGUCAGAAGUGUGA